AUGGAACACCGCACUUUACAACUGUACGGUAGAAGCGCCAAACUGCAAAUCAUUCAUCAUUCCAAGCAGUCCAACAAAGAGUCUGCCCAUUUACCAACUCGCGCCGAGAAAGCGGGAAAAAGACACACCCGUUGUACCCUUUGCAACCUGAACUUCACCUCUACCAACGGUGAACCCCGUACGCAUACACAGUACUCCGUGCAUACCCCGUUGAACUUGACCGUUCUCUCAAACUUGCUUGGGGUCCUGUUCAACUUCCGCUCGACACACGCCUCCACACCCAUCAACCAGGUCCCAUCCGUCCAUCCAUCCUUCUCUGAUCACCACAAGUCGCGCGGUGGCCCCCCCAGGAACACACCAAUUACCGUACAUGGUCUUCACUUACCUUUGGUUUCUGUUACCCUAUUCUUUCGCCAUAUCACGCCGUCCUUGUCAGCUACGCAACCACGUUCCCACCCGCCGCUCUUCAACGAGCCCUGUCCUGGCCUGACCCGACGUCCGAUGCGCAUGAGAUCCGCCCCCAGAGCCAAGUCCCCCUUGCGGCCCUGGUCCUUCAACACAGACGAACUGCCCUUGCUGCGCGGUCCCGGACAUCGUCUCCAACCUCUCGCGCCUCUUCUUCGGCCCUGCACGGGAAUCGGUUCCCUCAUAUCCGGCUUGUACUGCUUUCAUCAUCGGGCUUCCUAUUCAGUCCAACCUUGUUAA